AUGGAGUCAGAUCAUCGGAAGCGCAACUGGGCAUCUCCCGUCUUCCUACCUCACCCGCCUUUCAUCCCCCCAAAGCCACCCCGCUCUUUGGCGAUUGUGCAGCUCGUCAUGCUGCGUUCCUCGAUUGCCCCGAGUCGGCAAUUGCUGUCGUACCCUGUUCGCCAACGAAUCUCUCCGCAAUGGCUGUCUCGAGCCGGUGCGAGCGGCCGGCUGUCGGGCCAGCGAUUCUUCGCUGAUUCCAAGCCGCCAACCGGUGGCCCGACUCCUGCCUCCCCUUCCUCCGAGUCAACGGUCCCUCCGAAGACUAUCGCGAAGGCUGCUGAACAAGAAUCGAAGGCUCCUCCCUCGUCUUCGGCACCCGCUCCUCGCAAGACCGGUCGUUUCCGCCGGUUUUUGAUUUAUCUGAUCCUCGGCUCCGGGCUUGCUUAUGGUGGCGGCAUUUUCACGGCGCUGAAGUCCGACAAUUUCCAUGACUUUUUCACAGAAUACAUCCCGUACGGUGAGGAAUGCGUUCUCUACUUCGAGGAGCGCGACUUCUACCGUCGAUUCCCCAAUGCUUCGAGGCACAAGAACCGCCUUCCGGUUGCUCCCCGGGAGGAGGGCAAGGCCGUCACAAUUCCUAGCAAAAGUGGUCUGUCUUGGAAGGUCACCGGAGAGGAGGACUUGGGAAGCGAUGUCUCCAAGGCGGGACCUCAUAUGAGUGCGAAGGCUCACGAGGGUCAAACGAAGACCGAGAGUGCCAAGCCCGAGGACCGGAACGCUGCCGUUGUGAAGGCCAAGGAAGACAAAGCUUCCAAGGAUCAGAAGGACGCAAAGCCUGCUCCAAAGGAGGAGAAGAAGCCUGUCGCGCUGGAAGAGCCCCGACAACCCGCCGUCUCUGCCGCACCCACCAUCGAACUGCUUCAGAUGCAGGAUGGUGAUGAAGGUGUCGUUCAGGAGCUAGUCAAGACCUUCAACGACAUCGUCACCGUGAUUAGCGCAGAUGAGAACUCCCAAAAGUACUCUGCACCGGUCGCCAAGGCCAAGGAGGAGCUGCAGAAGAUCGGUGAGAAGAUCUCAACGAUCCGGUCUGAGGCACGCAAUGCUGCGCAGGAGGAAGUCAACAAGGCUCACGCUACGUUCGAUGAAUCGGCCCGCGAAUUGAUCCGCCGCUUUGAGGAAAUGCGCACUUCGGAGGCUGCUCAGUACCGGGAGGAGUUCGAGGCCGAGCGGGAGAAGCUCGCCUUGGCCUACCAGGACAAGGUUACGACAGAGCUGCUCCGUGCUCAGCAGCUUGCCGAGCAGCGCCUUCAGAACGAGCUGGUUGAGCAGGCUAUUGAGCUCAACCGCAAAUACGUCCACGACGUUCAGGGUCUGGUUGAGCGCGAGCGCGAGGGUCGCCUCAGCAAGCUGAACGAGCUGACGGCUAGCAUCAACGAGCUCGAGAAGAUCACUAGCGGAUGGAGUCACGUUAUCGACACCAACCUCAAGACUCAGCAGCUGCAGGUUGCCGUGGACGCUGUGCGUUCCGUUCUUGAGCGCGCCGAAACUCCUCGGCCGUUCGUUCGUGAGUUAGUUGCAGUGAAAGAAUUGGCUGCGGAUGACCCAGUUGUUGACGCUGCCAUCGCGUCCAUCAACCCCACUGCCUACCAGCGCGGUAUCCCCUCGACUCCCCAGAUCAUUGAGCGUUUCCGCCGCGUGGCGAGCGAGGUUCGAAAGGCUAGUUUGCUGCCCGAAGACGCUGGUAUCGCCAGCCACGCCGCCAGUCUCGCUCUGAGCAAGGUUAUGUUCAAGAAGGAUGGCCUUGCUGGAGGUGACGAUGUGGAGAGUAUUCUUCUUCGGACGGAGAGUUUCCUGGAGCAGGGCAACGUGGACGAAGCCGCCCGGGAGAUGAACACUCUUCAGGGCUGGGCUAAGAUCUUGAGCAAGGAUUGGCUUGCCGAUGUUCGCCGUGUUCUUGAAGUCAAACAGGCUCUCGAGGUCAUUGAGACGGAAGCCCGACUCCAGUGCUUGCGGGUGGAGUAA